GAGCUGGGGAGGGGGGAGAUCUCCUCGCUCUGGAUCUUGGUUGGGUCUUCAGAUAAACUACAAUAUCCUGACGAAUCCGGUGGCCUUCUGUGACGGGACUGCAGCGUUGAUGGAUGGGGCAAAGCGACUGCCAUCAUCCCUCUGGGCUUGGCAAAGCUUUGGGCACUGUCCCCGCGAUAUCCGGGGCUCUGAGCUGGAGAGACAGGGGGAUCGACUUCUGGGACACGGCGGGCCAGGAGCGGUUCCAGAGCAUGCACGCCUCCUACUACCACCAAGCCCACGCCUGCAUCAUGGUGUUUGAUGUGCAGCGGAAGGUCACCUACAAGAACCUGAACAGCUGGUACAGGGAGCUGAGGGAAUUCCGCCCGGAGAUUCCCUGCAUUGUGGUGGCCAACAAGAUUGAUGCGGACAUGAAGGUGACCCAGAAAAGCUUCAACUUUGCCCGGAAGUUCAGUUUGCCCUUUUACUUUGUGUCUGCUGCCGACGGCACCAACGUGGUGAAGCUCUUCAACGACGCCAUCAGACUGGCCGUGGCUUACAAACAGCACUCGGGAGACUUCAUGGACCAGGUCCUGCAGGAGCUGGAGAGCUUUGACCUGCAGAAGACGGACGAGGAUUUGUCAGAUAAAGAGAAGAGCUGCCCUGAAGAGGAAACCUCAUCUGCCUAAGCCUGGUUUUCCUUUGCCACUGGACCCUGAGUCCGGUUUCCCUUGGCACUGCAUUUCUGGGGCCUGCACAGAGAACAGGGAUGUUUCUCGUGCCCUGGAGCUGUGAUGAUGGGCAGCUGGGCCUCUCCCUUCUUGUGGGAGCCCUUCUGGGCAGCAUCUCCCUUGGCUUGGCCCUCACCACUGCACAUCUCACUCAAGCCAAAGAACGAAUGUGAACAGCCCAGCAGACUGACAGACAGAGCAGGGACCUUUCCCAGCCCGUGGGUGCACUGAGCAGGGCUGAAAACACAGUUAAUGAGGAACACAGAAACUUUAUUUCA